CCUGGGAUUCCGUCUCGGCGCUUUGUAUAUUACAUUACAUCUCUACGAAGUGUUGCAUUACGUGCAGUUCAGCAUGCCAUGAGCAAACAUCUAGAACGAUAAUUGCGACUCGGGUGGCAUGUAGGUAAACCGGACUACUGGAUCAGCACGUUGUUCAUCUUGUCUAACUAUCUGGGUAUGCAUUGCCCGAUCGCCUUGUAUGACUUGUAUGAGCGACUAUUUGCGAAUGGGUUAUUAUUAAUUAGCUGCGUGGGAGGAGUUACAGCAGGCAGGAUAUCAUAUAUCAUCUCCGCGUUGGUGCACUGCAUAUCAUUAACGGAUGCAAAGACCCAUGCUGCCAUGGAACACCUGCAUGGAAAGCUGGAAAGGAGGCGCUAUGUAUGGAUGGUGCAGAUGGUGUCAGCUUUUAUGCAAUACAACGUGGGGAGGGGGGCUGAAUAAAAGAGGUAUGGUACUCAUUACCGAAAACAAUACCUAGGACAUAAGCAGUAUGUAUUCCCUACCAUGUGGGAAUUGGAGUUGAUU